CGAGAGCCGGGUUGGGCUCGCGGUGCUGUGAUUGGUAUACCCGGACUCCGCCUCCAGCGCAUGUCAUUAGCAUAUCAUUAGCUGUCCGCUCUGGCUCCGGAGGCAGCCAACGCCGCCAGUCUGAGGCAGGUGCCCGACAUGGCGAGUGCAGUGCUGCCGAGCGGAUCCCAGUGUGCGGCGGCAGCGGCGGUGGCGGCGGCGGCGGCGCCUCCCGGGCUCCGGCUCCGGCUUCUGCUGUUGCUCUUCUCCGCCGCGGCACUGAUCCCCACAGGUGAUGGACAGAAUCUGUUUACGAAAGACGUGACAGUGAUCGAGGGAGAGGUUGCGACCAUCAGCUGCCAAGUCAAUAAGAGUGACGACUCUGUGAUUCAGCUACUGAAUCCCAACAGGCAGACCAUUUAUUUCAGGGACUUCAGGCCGUUGAAGGACAGCAGGUUUCAGUUGCUGAAUUUUUCUAGCAGUGAACUCAAAGUGUCAUUGACAAACGUCUCAAUUUCUGAUGAAGGAAGAUACUUUUGCCAGCUCUACACCGACCCCCCACAGGAAAGUUACACUACCAUCACAGUCCUGGUCCCACCACGUAAUCUGAUGAUCGAUAUCCAGAAAGACACUGCAGUGGAAGGCGAGGAGAUUGAAGUCAACUGCACUGCUAUGGCCAGCAAGCCAGCCACGACCAUCAGGUGGUUCAAAGGGAACACGGAGCUAAAAGGCAAAUCGGAGGUGGAAGAGUGGUCAGACAUGUACACUGUGACCAGUCAGCUGAUGCUGAAAGUGCACAAGGAGGACGAUGGGGUCCCAGUGAUCUGCCAGGUGGAGCACCCUGCGGUCACUGGAAACCUGCAGACCCAGCGGUAUCUAGAAGUACAGUAUAAGCCUCAAGUGCAUAUUCAGAUGACUUAUCCUCUACAAGGCCUAACCCGGGAAGGGGACGCGCUUGAGUUAACAUGUGAAGCCAUCGGGAAGCCCCAGCCUGUGAUGGUAACUUGGGUGAGAGUCGAUGAUGAAAUGCCUCAACACGCCGUACUGUCUGGGCCCAACCUGUUCAUCAAUAACCUAAACAAAACAGAUAAUGGUACAUACCGCUGUGAAGCUUCAAACAUAGUGGGGAAAGCUCACUCGGAUUAUAUGCUGUAUGUAUACGAUCCCCCCACAACUAUCCCUCCUCCCACAACAACCACCACCACCACCACCACCACCACCACCACCAUCCUUACCAUCAUCACAGACACAACGGCGACGACAGAACCAGCAGUUCACGGCCUUACUCAGUUGCCCAAUUCCGCAGAAGAACUGGACAGUGAGGACCUCUCAGAUUCCCGAGCAGGUGAAGAAGGGUCGAUCAGGGCAGUGGAUCAUGCCGUGAUCGGUGGCGUCGUGGCGGUGGUGGUGUUCGCCAUGCUGUGCUUGCUCAUCAUUCUGGGGCGCUAUUUUGCCAGACAUAAAGGUACAUACUUCACUCAUGAAGCCAAAGGAGCCGAUGACGCAGCAGACGCAGACACAGCUAUAAUCAAUGCAGAAGGAGGACAGAACAACUCUGAAGAAAAGAAAGAGUACUUCAUCUAGAUCAGCCUUUUUGUUUCAAUGAGGUGUCCAACUGGCCCUAUUUAGAUGAUAAAGAGACAGUGAUAUUGGAACUUGCGAGAAAUUCGUGUGUUUUUUCAUGAAUGGGUGGAAAGGUGUGAGACUGGGAAGGCUUGGGAUUUGCUGUGUAAAAAAAAAAAUGUUCUUUGGAAAGUACAUUCUGCUGUUUGACACCUCUUUUUUUGUUUGUUUGUUUGUUUAAUUUUUAUUUCUUCCUACCAAGUCAAACUUGGAUACUUGGAUUUCGUUUCAGUAGAUUGCAGAAAAUUCUGUGCCUUGUUUUUUGUUUGUUGCGUUCCUUCCUUUUUUUUUCCCCCUUUGUGCACAUUUAUUUCCUUCCCUCUCCCCCCAAUUUUGGAUUUUUUCCAAAAUCUCCCAUUUUGGAAUUUGCCUGCUGGGAUUCCUUAGACUCUUUUCCUUCCCUUUUCUGUUCUUGUUUUUACUUUCUUUUGUUUAUUUUUGUGGUAACUGCUUUCUGUUCCAAAUUCAGUUUCAUAAAAGGAGAACCAGCACAGCUUAGAUUUCAUAGUUCAGAAUUUAGUGUAUCCAUAAUGCAUUCUUCUCUGUUGUCGUAAAGAUUUGGGUGAACAAACAAUGAAAACUCUUUGCUGCUGCCCAUGUUUCAAAUACUUAGAGCAGUGAAGACUAGAAAAUUAGACUGUGAUUCAGAAAAUGUUCUGUUUGCUGUGGAACUACAUUACUGUACAGGGUUAUCUGCAAGUGAGGUGUGUCACAAUGAGAUUGAAUUUCACUGUCUUUAAUUCUGUAUCUGUAGACGGCUCAGUAUAGAUAUCCCACGCUGUCCAGAAAGGUUUGGGGCGGAAAGGAUUCCUCCUUUUUCCAUGCCCUAAACAGACCUGACAGGUGAGGUCUGUUCCUUUUAUAUAAGUGGACAAAUUUGAGUUGCCACAGGAGGGGAAGUAGGGAGGGGGGAAAUAUAGUUCUGCUCUGGUUGUUUCUGUUCCAAAUGAUUCCAUCCACCUUUCCCAAUCGGCCUUACUUCUCACUAAUUUGUAGGAAAAAGCAAGUCCAUGUGUUGUGCGAAUGACUGAAUGGGACAGGGUUGAUUUUUUUUUUUUUUUUUUUUUUUUCCUUUGUGCUUAGUUAGGAAGGCAGUAGGAUGUGGCCUGCAUGUACUGUAUAUUACAGAUAUUUGUCAUGCUGGGAUUUCCAACUCGAAUCUGUGUGAAACUUUCAUUCCUUCAGAUUUGGCUUGACAAAGGCAGGAGGUACAAAAGAAGGGCCGGUAUUGUUCUCACACUGGUCUGCUGUCGCUCUCAGUUCUCAAUAGGUCAGAGCAGAGGUGGAAAAACAGCAUGUACGGAUUUUCAGUUACUUAAUCAAAACUCAAAUGUGAGUGUUUUUAUCUUUUUACCUUUCAUACACUAGCCUUGGCCUCUUUCCUCAGCCUUAAGAACCAUCUGCCAAAAAUUACCGAUCCUCGCAUGAUGGCAGCCAUAGUGCAUAGCUACUAAAAUCAGUGACCUUGAACAUAUCUUAGAUGGGGAGCCUCGGGAAAAGGUAGAGGAGUCAUGUUACCAUUUACAUGUUUUAAAGAAAGAAGUGUGGGGAUUUUCACUGAAACGUCUAGGAAAUCUAGAAGUAGUCCUGAAGGACAGAAACUAAACUCUUACCAUAUGUUUGGUAAGGCUCCAGACUCCAGAUAACAGUCCCUAUGGAAAGAUGGCAUCAAAACAGAUAGAUCUAUAUAUAUAUAUAAAUAUAUAUUCUAUUACAUUUUCAGUGAGUAAUUUUGGAUUUUGCAAGGUGCAUUUUUACUAUUGUUACAUUAUGUGGAAAACUUAUGCUGAUUUAUUUAAGGGGGAAAAAGUGUCAACUCUUUGUUAUUUGAAAACAUGUUUAUUUUUCUUGUCUUUAUUUUAACCUUUGAUAGAACCAUUGCAAUAUGGGGGCCUUUUGGGAACAGACUGGUAUGUAAAAGAAAAUCCAUUAUCGAGCAGCAUUUUAUUUAUCCCUCUCCUAUCCCUAGGUACUUAACCAAGACAAAAAGCCACAAUGAACAUCCCUUUUUCAAUGAAUUUUAUCAUCUGCAGCUCUAUUCCGAGCCCUUAGCACCCAUUCCGACCAUAGUAUAAUCAUAUCAAAGGGUGAGAAUCAUUUAGCAUGUUGUUGAAAGGCUUUUUUCAGUUGUUCUUUUUAGAAAAAAAAACAAAAACAAAAACAAAAAAAAAUCACACCAUUGCUCACAGAAUUGGCAUCUCAUUUUUGGGACCUCCCAUCUUUCUGUUUUGAAAAGUGUACAGUAGUGCAGUGUUCCUGAUGUAACUUUAUGGCUUACAAUGUUGACAUGUCUCAGGUUCCUGUGUUUCGAUUGGUGUUUUCCGUCUCAGGUAGAUUGCAAAGUGUAGGCCCCACACAUUGGAAAAAAAUAAUAAUAAAACAAAGCAAAAACAGGAAAUUAUGGAUUUUAGUUGUAUAUUGGUUUAUGUAUUUUUUCUUAAGUAUACAGUGCACUGUUUGAAAUGUAUUGUUGAGUAUUACUUUGUACAGGUUGAUCACUUUUUUUAGAGUGAAGAAAGAACAAACUUGUUUUUUGUGUUUUUUAAAGGAAUAUAAAAUAAUGAAGGAUGUAUAAUUGAUGCCAAAUAAGCUUGUUCUUUAGUCACACCGACGUCUUAUUUUUCCCUUUAGGCCAGUUCUGUUUUUAAGGUGUACAUGGACAAUGUUACAGUGUAAGAAACUCCAUAUCCAUAUGUUCCCAUUCGCAUUUUGUAUUGGUUCAUGUAUACCAUUUUUACAAAAAAAAAAAGAAAAAAAAGAAGUACUAUAAAAUAUCUGUCUUCUUAAUAAAAAAAUUAAUGUUACAAAGUGA